AUGAAGUUGAACAUUGCCAACCCGGCCACCGGCUGCCAAAAGCUGAUUGAAAUCGAUGAUGAGCGUCGCCUGCGCGGUUUCUACGACAAGCGCAUGGCUCAGGAAGUUUCUGGCGAUGCCCUCGGUGACGAAUUCAAGGGCUACGUUUUCCGCAUUUCUGGUGGUAACGACAAGCAGGGUUUCCCCAUGAAGCAGGGUGUUCUUUUGCCCCACCGUGUCCGCUUGUUGUUGAGCAAGGGCCACUCGUGCUACCGCCCUCGCCGCACUGGUGAGCGCAAGCGCAAAUCGGUCCGUGGUUGCAUUGUUCAGUCCGACUUGGCUGUCAUGAACUUGGUCGUCAUCAAGCAGGGCGAACAGGACAUUCCCGGCCUUACCGACACCACCGUUCCCAAGCGUCUUGGUCCUAAGCGUGCCAACAACAUUCGUAAAUUCUUCAACUUGACCAAGGAAGACGAUGUUCGCCAGUACGUCAUUCGCCGCACCAUUCAGCCCGCUAACCCUGACAAGAAGCCCUACACCAAGGCUCCCAAGAUCCAGCGUUUGGUUACCCCCGUCACUCUCCGCCGUCAACGCAAGAAGAAGUUGGAGAAGCGCAAGCGUCUUGAGCGCAAGACCGAGGCCGAGGCUGAAUACAAGCAGCUUUUGGCAAAGCGCGUCAAGGAGGCCAAGGACCGCAAGAUCGAGAGACGUCGUACCUCGUCGAUGCAAAAGUCCAGCUCUGCUUAA